GCAGGGAGUGGGGCCCUUAAUGGCAGUGCAGAUGGAAGGCAGGAGGGAGGAAUGAAUGAGUAGGUGGAGGUGGCACAUCUGCAUUCCUGGGGCUCGGGGCUCACUGCCCAUUGGAAUCUCAGAGAGGGAAAAGCUCUGUCUCUUUCCAUAUUUAGAUUUCCGCCUCCAUUUCUCCCUUUAUCCUCCCCCUCCUUGUUCUCCCCCUUUCCUUUUGUUUUGGUUUUCUGCCUCUUCGCUGGGUUCCAGUGGUUUCUUCCUCUGCUGCUGCUGCUGCUGAACAUUUCUCAUUCCUCAGUGGCUCCAGCAUUAGUAUUCAGUGGGUGUCCGGCCCAGUGUUCCGAAUGCUCUGCACCAUCAAUAGGGAUGUUAAAGGCAGGGGAGGACGGAUGCUGCACCUCCAGCCUUGUCUGAAAGAGCUUGUGCUAAUUAGGGCUCUGCUUCCCAUGCUCUGCCGGAGCCUGCAGAGCCUUUCCUUCUGCCUGAUGCUCACUGAUCAUUAAUUGGGGGAAGGAAACCAUUUUGUCCCCCACCCCCCAGCAUCCCUCUGUCCUGCUCCCCCGGACUGCAGUCUCACUGGCGACUCUGUAGCAGCAGCAAGAACCUUGGGGAGUCAUUCAAAGGGGAGUCUGUAUCUGCAGUGGCCCCAACGUGUGGCUCUUCCUCAGCACUGGACUGGCAGCAGCUCAGCUGGACUCACAGCACAACAAUGCUGAGAUUAAGGAGACAAAGCAGAAGAUCUGAUUGGAUGAGCAGAAUUUAAGUCCACACUCAGUUCUGGGUUUGGCUGCACUGCAAUGGAGUUUUCAUGAGAACGCCUGAAUUCUGUCACUUUUCCCCUCGUCUCUGACACCUGCUUCAUAUGACAAUUGGGAGAGGAAUUUUUAUUUUUUUGUGGAGCCAUUGGGGUUUCUGGUGAUGCCCAAAAGUUCAGGCAGCCGGGGGACGUGUCCAAUGAUCAUUUGAAGAUGACUUGGCACUAAGCUGAGACACGGGGGCAGAUAUCCAGGCUCCAUCAUUUACAAGGUGUUUUCCAAAAAAAAGGGUUCCCUAGAAGAAUUAUCACAAAAGUAUGAACAUUGAACAUGGUUACCCACCUUUGCACAUGCAGGAUUCUUGGUCUGAAGCUCAUUAGAAUGAUUUGGAAGCAAGUUUUAAUUCUCUUGUGGGUCACAGCUCUGGCACUGGGUGGCCCAUCCCCGACGUCCUGCCCAGCCCCCUGCACCUGCAGUAACCAGGCCAGUCGUGUAGCUUGCACCCGGAGGGAACUGGUGGAAGUGCCAGAGAGCAUCUCUGUUAAUACGCGAUAUCUGAAUCUUCAGGAGAAUAAUAUCCAGGUCAUUAAGACAGACACUUUCAAGCACCUUCGUCAUUUGGAAAUUCUUCAGCUCAGUAAAAACGUCAUUCGCAACAUUGAGGUUGGAGCUUUUAAUGGACUCCCAAAUCUGAGCACACUGGAACUUUUUGAUAACCGCUUGACCACUGUCCCAACUCAAGCCUUUGAGUACUUGUCAAAGCUGAGGGAGCUGUGGUUGAGAAAUAAUCCAAUUGAAAGUAUACCCUCUUAUGCGUUCAACAGAGUUCCUUCUUUGCGGAGACUGGAUUUAGGGGAACUUAAAAAGUUGGAGUAUAUCUCUGAAGCUGCCUUUGAAGGUCUUGUGAACCUGCGAUAUCUCAACUUAGGUAUGUGUAACUUAAAGGAUAUACCCAACCUUACAGCUCUGGUGAGACUUGAGGAACUGGAACUCUCUGGAAACCGUCUGGAAAUGAUCCGUCCAGGCUCUUUUCAAGGGUUGACCAGUCUUAGAAAGCUGUGGCUGAUGCAUGCCCAUGUUGCCAUCAUAGAGCGCAAUGCCUUUGAUGACUUAAAGUCUCUAGAGGAACUGAAUCUCUCUCAUAACAAUUUGAUGUCUCUUCCCCAUGACCUUUUUACACCUCUCCACCGACUGGAGCGAGUGCAUCUCAACCACAAUCCCUGGCAUUGUAAUUGUGAUGUAUUGUGGCUAAGUUGGUGGCUAAAAGAGACUGUACCUAAUAAUACAACAUGUUGUGCCCGUUGCCAUUCACCUCCCAACCUAAAAAUGAGAUACAUUGGGGAGCUAGAUCAGAGUCAUUUCACUUGCUAUGCCCCAGUGAUAGUGGAACCCCCCACUGACCUUAAUGUCACUGAAGGCAUGGCGGCUGAACUUAAGUGUCGAAGUGGUACGUCGAUGACCUCUGUAAACUGGUUGACACCAAAUGGAACUUUGAUGACCCAUGGCUCUUACAGGGUACGCAUUUCAGUCCUUCAUGAUGGCACAUUGAAUUUUACUAAUGUAACGGUUCAGGAUACAGGCCAGUACACAUGUAUGGUGACUAAUUCGGCUGGAAAUACGACUGCCUCUGCCACACUUAACGUAUCUGCUGUUACUGAUCCCUCAACCACUGAUUAUACAUAUUUCACUACUGUAACUGUUGAAACUUUGGACGUAGAGGAGACAAAACCUACCGACAAGGAGCCUGGUCCCACUCCAACGGUCCGAUGGGGAAUAACAUACUCCACCACCUCCCUCACACCACGCAGUACACGCUCUACUGAAAAAACCUUCACAAUCCCAAUCACAGACAUGACGGGGAACAUUAUGAAGGAUCUCGAUGAUGUUAUGAAGACCACAAAAAUUAUCAUAGGAUGUUUUGUGGCUAUAACUUUCAUGGCAGCCGUUAUGCUGAUCGCAUUUUACAAACUUCGAAAGCAGCACCAGCUUCACAAGCACCACGGGCCGACACGGACUAUCGAGAUCAUUAAUGUAGAAGAUGAGAUACCAGCCACGGCCCCGGGGGACAAUCACAUGGCCCUACCAGCCAUCGAGCAUGACCACCUCAAUCAUUACACUGCGUUUAAGGCCCACUAUAACAACAAUACGGGAACUCUUAACUGUGCCAAAAACCCCAUGCUGAACUCCAUCCACGAACCCCUUUUGUUUAAGAGCAGCUCAAAAGAAAAUGUUCAAGAGACGCAAAUUUAGCGGACAAAACCAGGCAGUGUUAUUAUUUGUGAAUUUCAAAUGACAGAAAAUACUUUUCCACAUCUUCAGAAAGAACUUGCGAGCGUGUCCAACCAUGAGAUGAGUCUGUUUGGCUUGGGUAACCCUGAGAGUCUUUUCAUGGGCACUAGUCUCACGGAAUUCUCGGACUUAUAGAGAGACACCCCAGACAAAGCACUGACACAAACUGAAAAACCUUUUGAUAAUUUCCAAGGGAUGUUUCACUCUCCGACUACCUGAUGUAUUACUAAAAAAAAUUUUUUAAAAAGCUAAAAAAAGAUUAGAAAAGGUGGUAAAAAUGUAAUGAAAAGAAUAUGUAAGGAAAAAAGCUUAUUUUGUGGUACAGCUCUUUAUGUGUAAAUUCUAUUUCAGAUCUAUUUUCAUCAAGGAAAGGUGUUAUGGAACAGGAAAAUCAAUCCCGGGAUCACUGAGGCAGAAAAUUGCAUUUUUUAUUAAUAGUCUCACUAAGGAGUUUCUGUUGAAUAAUUGUGUAACACACAAGCGUUGAUGCUCCUCGUAGAUCAGUUGGGGGUCAUUGUUAGAUUUUGCUAGCCGAGGGUGCCUGCUGUGGAGUAAUGGCCCCACUGACCGUCACUUGGCUCAGUUCUGAUCCGUUUGGACAUUUCAUUGAUAACAAUAAUGGGAAAUGGAAGGAGACGUUCCGGGAACUCCCCGCACUCUCUGCCGCUUCCAAAGGGGUUUUCUUUUUUUUUCUAAUUAAAAAUAAUUAAAGGUUUUUCCAACCUUUAAAUAUGUUUAUUUUAAAAGUUACUGUGCCAUAGAAACAUUUACAAAUGUGCCAAUUAUCUUCUGAACUUUACAGAAAAAUACAAGUGUAUGAAAAAAAAACAUGUUUUUACAAAAAAAAUGUUUUUGAGAAAGACACAUGGAGGACUAAAUUUUCAUUCUUCUGCCACAGGAAUAUUUGGGCCAGUUAUUUUUUCUGGAUUUAUAUCUCAAAAAAAUUGUAAGGUAUGUAAAAUCACGACAUUGAUAUGCACUUAUGUUUUUUUUGCUUUGUUUUUUUUUUAGUUGAUUUGAUUUUUUUAAUAGGCGAUGUUUGAAUGAUCCUUGAAGGUAUUCUUGUGCCAAGAAGAAGAAUGGAUUCUCUCUCUGACAAUGAUUCUAUACAGGAAGGGCAUUGCCAAGUCUACAAAAACAAAUAAAAAAAUGAAAAAGA